UCGUGGCGGGUCCCUGCGGCUCGGGAUGGAGGGUUACAGCAAAAUGGAUAUAGCAAAUCCCCCAACUUCCAAAUGUAUCACUUAUUGGAAAAGAAAAGUUAAAUCUGAAUAUAUGCGACUUCGACAACUUAAACGGCUCCAGGCCAAUAUGGGUGCAAAGGCUCUGUAUGUAGCAAAUUUUGCAAAGGUUCAAGAAAAAACCCAGAUCCUCAAUGAAGAAUGGAAGAAGCUUCGUGUCCAACCAGUUCAGUUGAUGAAGCCUGUGAGUGGGCAUCCUUUUCUGAAAAAGUGUACCAUCGAGAGCAUUUUCCCAGGAUUCGCAAGCCAACAUAUGCUAAUGAGGUCUCUGAACACAGUGGCAUUGGUUCCCAUCAUGUAUUCCUGGUCACCUCUCCAGCAGAACUUCAUGGUAGAAGAUGAGACAGUUUUGUGCAAUAUUCCCUACAUGGGAGAUGAGGUGAAGGAAGAGGAUGAAACUUUCAUUGAGGAGCUGAUCAAUAAUUAUGAUGGGAAAGUCCACGGUGAAGAAGAGAUGAUCCCUGGAUCUGUCUUGAUUAGUGAUGCGGUUUUCCUGGAGUUGGUAGAUGCCCUGAAUCAGUAUUCUGAUGAGGAAGAGGAAGGGCACAAUGACACCUCAGAUGGAAAGCAGGAUGAUAGCAAAGAAGACCUGCCAGUAACAAGAAAAAGAAAACGACAUGCUAUUGAAGGCAACAAAAAAAGCUCCAAGAAACAGUUCCCAAAUGACAUGAUCUUCAGUGCAAUUGCCUCAAUGUUCCCUGAGAAUGGUGUCCCAGAUGACAUGAAGGAAAGGUAUCGAGAGCUAACGGAGAUGUCAGACCCCAAUGCACUUCCUCCACAGUGUACACCCAACAUCGAUGGCCCCAAUGCCAAGUCUGUGCAGCGGGAGCAGUCUCUGCACUCCUUCCACACGCUUUUUUGCCGGCGCUGCUUUAAAUACGACUGCUUCCUUCAUCCUUUUCAUGCCACCCCUAAUGUAUACAAACGGAAGAACAAAGAAAUCAAGAUUGAACCAGAACCAUGUGGGACAGAAUGCUUCCUUUUGCUGGAAGGAGCAAAGGAGUACGCCAUGCUCCACAACCCUCGCUCCAAGUGCUCUGGUCGUCGCCGGCGACGGCACCACAUGGUCAGUGCUUCCUGCUCUAAUUCUUCUGCUUCUGCUGUGGCUGAGACUAAGGAAGGGGACAGUGACAGGGAUACAGGCAAUGACUGGGCCUCCAGUUCUUCAGAGGCUAACUCUCGCUGUCAGACUCCCACAAAACAGAAGGCAAGUCCAGCCCCGCCUCAGCUCUGUGUAGUGGAAGCACCCUUGGAGCCUGUGGAAUGGACUGGGGCUGAAGAGUCUCUUUUUCGAGUCUUCCAUGGUACCUACUUCAACAACUUCUGUUCGAUAGCCAGGCUUCUGGGGACCAAGACAUGCAAGCAGGUCUUUCAGUUUGCAGUCAAAGAAUCGCUUAUCCUGAAGCUGCCAACAGAUGAGCUCAUGAACCCCUCGCAGAAGAAGAAAAGAAAGCACAGGUUGUGGGCUGCACACUGUAGGAAAAUUCAGCUGAAGAAAGAUAACUCUUCUACACAAGUGUACAACUACCAGCCCUGCGACCACCCAGACCGGCCCUGUGACAGCACCUGCCCUUGCAUCAUGACUCAGAAUUUCUGUGAGAAGUUCUGCCAGUGUAACCCAGACUGUCAGAAUCGCUUCCCUGGCUGCCGCUGUAAGACCCAGUGCAACACCAAGCAGUGUCCUUGCUAUCUGGCAGUGCGAGAGUGUGACCCUGACCUGUGUCUCACCUGUGGGGCCUCAGAGCACUGGGACUGCAAGGUGGUUUCCUGUAAAAACUGCAGCAUCCAGCGUGGCCUCAAGAAGCACCUGCUACUGGCCCCCUCAGAUGUGGCCGGAUGGGGCACCUUCAUUAAAGAGUCCGUGCAGAAGAACGAAUUCAUUUCUGAAUAUUGUGGUGAGCUCAUCUCUCAGGAUGAGGCUGAUCGGCGAGGGAAGGUCUAUGACAAAUACAUGUCCAGCUUCCUCUUCAACCUCAACAAUGAUUUUGUAGUGGAUGCUACCCGGAAAGGCAACAAAAUUCGAUUUGCAAACCAUUCUGUGAACCCCAACUGUUACGCCAAAGUGGUCAUGGUGAAUGGAGAUCAUCGGAUUGGGAUCUUUGCCAAGAGGGCAAUUCAGGCUGGUGAAGAGCUCUUCUUUGACUACAGGUACAGCCAAGCUGAUGCCCUCAAGUACGUGGGGAUUGAGAGGGAAACCGAUGUCCUUUAACCCUCCUGGGCCCCAUGCCAGCGCUUGUGGUGGCGGCACUGUCUCUGCUUUCAUGCACACACCACUGCUGCUCAAGAUUCCUGCACUAUGUGUCUCCCACACCAGGAAGCCCCCCCCCCAUCCCUCUGUAGCAAGGCCUCCGCUCUGUCUCCGUGAAAGGAGAGACAGGUGGCUAAGGCUCAGGCUCCUAGGAGAGAGAGUUGUAGAUGUGAGAGACUGUGCGUCAGGCCUCAGAGGAAGAGUGCACAGGCUGGGGGUAGACGAUGUGUGUUUGAUUUCAGUGGGCCUCAGGAAGAAACUCACACAGUUCCUAACAAUCAUUAGCCUGUCCUUUUAACUUUCCAAAUCAAGGGUCCUUAUGUAACUGGGUUGCCAGGCACAUCUCUCUGUGGUCGCAAGACCUGGAGAGGACAGGCUAAGUGAAGUUGGGCGUCUGGAGCCUCUAAGGGGUCUGGGUCAGAGAUGAGCUUAGCAGGCACCACAGACUGAGCUUAGAGGGGGAAGAUGGGCCAUCUUGCUACCUCUUCCCUCCUGUCAGGGUUUAAGGAAAGAGUCUGGGCUCUGAGUACACUGAUCUUCAAGGCUGGGAGAAGGAAAGCUAAGUGCCAUCCAUCCAUGGACAGAGAGGGGGAACCAGCCUGGCAGUAGUAAAACUGCUAAGCUUUAGGCCCAGGAGGCCAUGAGAAAGCCUUCUGUAUACUUUAGGGAUAGAUGGAUAAGUGCUUUCAGAUUCCCGGGACCAGGUGCCAGUUUCACCUCCUUCCAGGGGUCUGGCUUAGCCACUCCAGGCAGGCAUUAUGCUGCUACUGAAG